AUAAAUUGACGUAUCUUGUCAUUGUCAAACUGUAGGAAAAUGGUGCAAAAUAACAUGGUUUUUAUAUCUAAAAAUUCGUGUUGGCCCGUGCCAAUACGUCAAAAUUAUUCGAUGAUCGGUCUUUAAUUUCGCAAAACAGUGUUCCGUGACAUUUUGUGCUAAUUUACUAGCUUGUUGUGUGUUUUUACACGUUUUAUUAAGUUCAUAAACAAAGGCCAUGUCAUUUGUCAAAUCAGGUGAUUUUUUUGCAAAAAAUUUAUGACGAAGUGCGGAGUGUUCCAUGCCGUAAACAUGUAAAUAGUGCGCUGUCUGUGUAGUAAAACAAAAAUAAAAAAUGGGUGCUAAACCGAGUACAGCUAAUGGGACCCAGAGCCCUCGCACCAGAGCCUUCUCCACGAGUAGUAGUUCGGAAGUUGUCACAGCCCCAGGCUUUCGAUUUAUGAGAUCCUUGGGAAUGGACAUGUCGAAUGAUCGCCAAAGAGCACGGUCGUUAUCUAGUGUUCCAGAUUUACAUACUAGUCAUGAAACAAUUGCCAUACCGGCGACAGGCGCCAGUUUUGACGUUUCCACCGGUGCCAGUCCAGAGACGGACAGCAGCUCGGCAGAGGAUACAGCGGGUGCCCUCGGUUCUGCCGCCUCCAGCAUUGCCCUAGGACGGGUGUACGCUGCACAUUCAUUACCUUCACAUAUAUGGUCGCUAAAUGGGAUCAAAUGCCCAGUUUGCAGCAAAUUUGUUAUUCCUGAUGACAUAGAAUGUCACCUAGUCAUGUGCCUCACUAAACCACGGCUUUCCUACAACGAAGACGUUUUGACUGACGAUAAAGGAGAGUGUGUGAUAUGCCUAGAAGAAUUAAGUCAGGGAGAUGUAAUAGCCCGUCUUCCUUGUCUUUGUAUAUAUCAUAAGAUGUGCAUAGAUCAAUGGUUUGAAGUAAAUCGAUCGUGUCCCGAACAUCCUGGUGACUAGCAAAACGCUGUUGUAAACUAGGGUUUGUAUAUAUGUACAUAAUAUGCUGAAGUGAAUUGUGAGAAACAAUCUUAAAUAAUGCAGUAGCUACAGUACACUAUAGCAGUCUUCAGAUAACGAAGAUUAAAACAAUAGUUACCUAUCCUAAUUAAUUAAGUACCACAUUGUUAUUGUUUUGUCAUUUUUUACGAUUUUCUAUAUAGUAGUUUUAAUAAUAUGAUUACUACCAAGGCAUUCGACAAAAAUAUUGUUAUAGUGUUUACAUAUCAAUUUGUUUUAUUACGACAAAAUAAUUAAACAAUUUUCUUUACAUGGUGCAUAGUUUGUUCUGAACUGUCUUCACUGAUAAGCGUUGAUAGUGAUUUGUAUGUUAAUGCGGCAGCUACGGGUCUAGUGUUAUGAUGAGAUAAAGUUUUAUUUUCUGGAAAAAAAUGAAAUAUUUUUGAUACUUUCAUAUGACUGUUAACAAAACGAUUUGAUUUGUCUAAAUUAUUAAAACUUAUUUGUGAGACAUCAUAUUCUUCUAUCGUAUUCCUUUAAAAGUAUUAUCUCAAAUCUCAUAAUAAUUAAUGUCACAUAUAUCUAAAGGACACAACAUUAUUAUGACUUAAGUUUAAGUUAACAGAUACUGUUAAGUCAGCUUAAAUCAUCAAAGUCAUAAAUAGCAGAAUUCAAUAAUUGCUUAAUAAAAAAUGAUUUAAUCUGAACUGUGACAUUUCAAAAAAUAAUUUUAAUAUGUAUACAAUUGGUCCCAACUUUGUUGGUUUCUUAUGUCCUCUUUUAUAACUUAUAUGCCAUUCUUUCCAUUUUGUAUAUUUUUUGUUGAAAACUACAAAAUGAUGUUCUUGUUUUUAUCACUUUGAAUGCAAAAACACAACGGGUCGUUUGAAAUCACAUCUUUUUUAGCAUCAAUGAACCCUUAUUCUAAAAACACUUUUACACAAAUCGUUGUAAUUGUUUUUUCGGGAACUUUGUAUUUAAAAAUGUAUGCCGCAUCAUUGCAAAGCAUUGCUAAAAGGAUGUUUUGUUUUCUUCUUUGUAGAAGAGACGUGUUAAAAUAUUAAACUAUUGCUGUAUAUACAAGUAUUUUUUUAAAUUAAAAAUAAACAGAAGCCUUGGUCAUGUUAGUUCAGUACCAAAACAGGCUGGUAGUGAUAUGAGCAACCUAUUUUUUAUUCUAGCCAAUGUGAAUGUGAAAUCAACCAAAGACUUUUUGUUGAAGUGAUUUAAUAAUAAGGUGCUAUAACUAAGCAAAAUAUUAAAUUUUAAGUUGAUAUAUGCGUAAUGAUUAAUGAAUGAGUUGUAACAGUAAUGGUCUGGGAGCAAGAUUUUGUAUUACACUUACCUCAAAUAUUGUCAUUUAGCUUCUAAUAAAGAAGUGCCAUAAGUUAAGUCUUGUUUCCUGAAUUUGUAUUGAUUUUGAAAGGUGGUGUUUUAUGUUCUGCGGAAUUUCCAGACCAAGGGAUAGCAAAAGACGAGUGACUGAUUUGAAUAAAUAACAAAAAUAACUGAUGAUUCUCAUUUUAUAAUCAUUUUUGUUAGUUUUAUUAAUUAAUUAUUCAUUUGGGUUAUUGUAAUAAAUAAUAAUAAAAUUAAGAUGUAGCCUUGUAGUGAUAAAUAAUAAAUGCCAUUUUCACAA